AAUCAAGCUGCAAGGUGUCGCCGCCGGGGAGUGACAUCCCCCAAAACGCCUGGCGGCCAAUGGGCGCGUUCACACGGCUGGGGUGCGGGGGGGGGGAGCCGAGCCGGAGUGGCACAAGUUCUUCUCCCCCCCUCCUUUUUUUUUUUUUUUAAUUUUAUUUUGUAAUUUCCCCCCCCCUCGGGGAAGCGCGGGGCUCCCGCCGCUGUCCGAGGUGCUGAAAGCGGUGCCGGCUCCGGAGUGACUCCGGCUCCCGGCAGCUGUUCGAGGUGCUGACUCGCCGGCUCCGGUUUGACUCCGGUUUUCCCCCUCCUCCCGCCGCCACCGUCGCCUCCCCCGGCGUUGUCCGAGGUGCUGGCGGGGAAGGGGGGCGCCGCGGCGGCCCGACGGCUGCCCACCCCCUCCGCCCUCCCCUCGCCCUCCCCGCUGAGUUGAUUUGGGGAUCAUUAAGCGCUUAGGGCGCUGCGAAGCCUCACUAUCGAUCGCUGCCUCCCCUCCUCCGGCUGCCAGCCCCCGGGCUGCCCCCAGCCCCGCGGCUCCGCGCAGCGCUGGGGUGGCCGGGCAGGGGCCGGGACCCCCGGCUGAGGUUGGGGUCCGUCCCCCCCUCCACCUCCACCACCCCCUCGGCGGCCAAAGUUUGACUCUGCCUCCCUCUCCCCCUCCUGUCUGUCUGUCUGAGUGCAGCUGGGCGCGAUGCUGAAGACGGAGCAGCCCUGGAUGUAACGCGCGGCGCCUCGGAGAGCCCGGAUCCCAGGCUGAAUCUUUGCUCUUUUUUUUUUUUUUUUUUUCCUUUCACCUUUUUAUUUUUUCCUUUUUUUUUUUUUUUCCUUUUUUUUUUUUUUCCCCUUUUGUUGUUGUUGUUGCUCUCACCGUUAAUUAUCGUUACCAACCCUCUUCCGCCGCGCCCUCCCCGCCGAUGCCCGUGUGAGCGCCAGCACCUGCGGGGGCCAUGGAGGGCUCCACCGGCUUCGGGAUCGACUCCAUCCUCUCGCACCGAGCCGGGAGCCCGGCAGGGCCCAAGGGGGACCCUCUGGGGGGCGACGGGAGGUCCCCGCUGGAGCUGAGCCCCCGCUCGGAGGGCAGCAGCGGGUGCCCCUCGCCCCGCUCGCCCGGCCGCGAGUGCCUGGAGGCGGCGGGGCCGCAUCUGCAGCCCGGCCAGGGCUCGGCUCCCUCCCAAUCCCGGACCGUCACCUCGUCCUUCCUCAUCAGAGACAUCCUGGCCGACUGCAAGCCCCUGGCAGCCUGCGCCCCUUACUCCAGUACCAAUGGACCUCACGGCGGGCAGGAGCCGGCGGGCAGGAUCCCCACCAAACCCGGCGAGGACUUUAGGGAGAAAAUGGAAAAAACCACCAGCAGCUCCUCCUCGGAUUCCGAGUACAAAGUGAAAGAAGAAGGGGACCGGGAGAUCUCCAGCUCCCGGGACAGCCCCCCGGUGCGGCUGAAAAAGCCGCGCAAAGCCCGCACCGCCUUCACCGACCAUCAGCUGGCCCAGCUGGAGCGCAGCUUCGAGAGGCAAAAAUACCUGAGCGUGCAGGACAGGAUGGAGCUGGCGGCCUCCCUCAACCUCACCGACACGCAGGUGAAAACCUGGUACCAGAACAGAAGGACCAAGUGGAAAAGGCAGACGGCGGUGGGCCUGGAGCUGCUGGCCGAGGCCGGCAACUACUCAGCCCUGCAGAGGAUGUUCCCCUCGCCCUACUUCUACCCGCAGAGCCUGGUCUCCAACCUGGACCCCGGCGCUGCCCUCUACCUGUACCGCGGACCCAGCGCGCCGCCCCCGGCCCUCCAGAGACCCCUGGUGCCCCGCAUCCUCAUCCACGGACUGCAGGGCGGCAGCGAGCCCCCCCCACCCCUGCCCCCCCUGCCCGGCGUCCUGCCCCGGGCCGCGCAGCCCCGGUGAGCCCCGGCCUCCCGGGACCCCCCCCCCGCCCCCCUCCGCCGCAAACCCCGGUCCGGGGGGGGGGACCGGAGGGGGCCAGCCCACCCCUGGGGCCACGAGCAAGCGACAAAUAUAAAUAUAUAUAUAUAUAAAGGAGACUCCCUCCCUCCCCCUCGCCCCCCACCACCAC